AUGGACAUCAUUGCCAUCAAAGCCGUGGACCGUCCACUAAAGCAAGACGCUCCUAAUUUGGGGUAUUCUACAACUGAUGAUGAGGAAUAUGCUCGAAUGAUGGCUAGAAUGGAUGAACUUGAAAAAGAAGAGCUUGCUGCAGAAAGUGCCAAUCAGGGUGAUCUAAAUGUGAAAACUACUCCUAAUUUGGGGUAUGCUACAACUGAUGAUGUGGAAUAUGCUCGAAUGAUGUCCAACAUGGAUGAACUUGAAAAAGAAGAGCUUGCUGCAGAAAGCGCCAAUCAGAGUGAUCUAAAUGUGGAAACUACUUCUGGUUUUGAUAAUAUUUUAUAUCAGAGACCUAUCAAUAACAAUCUCCAAAGUUCAGAAGAUAUUCAUCAAGGUGUACAGCUGGACCAGACUAACAAUAAAGUUAUAGCAGCUGAAUUUCCAAAAAAGCAUAAUCAUCAAAAAGAUAUAGCUGAUCAGUUAAAUUUUGCAAGCCUGACUGUACAAUCAAAGGGCAGAGGUUUGUCUUCAAUAAGUUCUUCAGUCUCUCACUUCCUUUUGUGUAUGCUUGUUUUGUGA